UCCAAGAUCGCAAUAAACAUAGCUACUCAAGAUUGUUAGCAAUACCAAUGCGUGUUGUAAGACCAUAACAACAUUCGCUAAAACACGCAGCGAAAAUAAUGAACAUACCAUUGUAUUAAAGAGGAACAACAUAUCGUAUAAUGUCAGUGCAUCGGAUAUUUAACUACUGUUUUGUUUUCCUCCUGCCAGCACAACACUUUAGCACCGAGCGCGCUGAAUCUAGAAAACAGCUCGACAUGAAAAUUUUGAGCAAAAAAAAUGAAAUUACGGGUCUACAGAAUACCAAACUGACAUGCGCCGUUAACGCUGUUGUGCAGGUGUUGGCUCAAACACCAGGAUUUUCGGAGACUAUAUACGAAUUCGGAGGAAAAUGUAAACAAGAAGCGGUCCUGGCAAAUGUGCUUAUCAAUAGUAUUACUGAUGUCAACAACGCUUCGGGUAUCAUCAAUGCUGAAGGCUUACAGGAAGAAAUGAUUACAAGAAGAAACAGCUUUCACUUUUGGAGACAACAUGAUUGUCUUUCGUUUCUCCUUUUCCUCCUGGAAGCUUUAGAAGAAGAGUUGGGAAACGACAGUAUGAAAUUGUUCACUGGACAAAUGCGGAAUCGUUUCAAAUACGACAACUGUGAACACACGGAGCAUUCCUCUUUGCAGAACUUCAAAUCUUUGUGUAUUCCCAUGAACAACAGCGAGAAUUCAGUUGAAAAAUAUCUAAAAAUGCUAUUCCGAGCUGAGAACCUGAUAGAUUCGGGCAUGUACUGCCGGUCGUGUGGGAAAGGUACAGCUAGCAGAAAGUUGCUGAAACAUGAUAUCUGCAGUAAGGAAUUGUUGAUUGAGGAGUCUCCACAAAUUCUUGUUCUACAACUAGCCAAAUUUGAAGAGGUUAAAGACAUAUAUGGACAUACGAAACUAGACAAAAGACAUGUUCCUAUGUUAUACAGCGAUACACUGCAGCUGCAAGAGGGCGAAUCACCUUCCAGAGUCAAAUACGAGUUGUUCGCUAUCAUCUCCCACCUCGGAACAAUAGAAGGUGGCCACUACGUUUCGUAUGUACAGACAAUACAAAGUCAGCGCGAGUGUGCUAGAUUUGACCGUCAUGACCGACGCUCCAGUACAUGGUACCAUUGCACAGACUCUGUGGUAACGCGUCUGGAACCAGAGGCAGGAUAUCCUACCUGCCCAAAUGCGUACAUCCUUUUUUAUCACAAACAACCCCGAAAAUAAUGGAAGAGUGAAUAAAAUGCCAUAAUGUAUAAGAUCUUAUAAGUCGUAUUUUCGCUCCACACAGCAAACAGCUUCACAUUCAUAUCACAUUCCGCCUUACAAGAUAAUUGCAAAAACUUUUCACUGAAGGCAAAUUUCGAUGCAUUUCCACGGUUUAACGCUUUGUGCUUUUGAACAUUAAAGGAAAAGCAUUAUCUCAA